AGAGCAGACGAGACGAAGGGGCCGCUGCCCUCCUAGAGCGGCGGAUCGCCACUUCCGGCUCCGGUGCCGCCAUUUUGCCGUGAGACAGCACCGAGCUGGGCCGCCGGGAUGUUGUCCGCUGCUGGUUACGCGGAGUCCAGGCCCGAGCUGGGUUAUGAGCUGGGCUAUGGGCUGGGCGCUCCCGUCCAGUGCCGCUUCUCGCCCUACACCUUCAACGGAGGGACUGUGUUGGCGAUUGCUGGAGAAGACUUUUCUAUCGUUGCCUCCGACACACGGCUGAGCGAAGGUUACGCCAUUCACUGCCGGGACAGUCCAAAAUGCUACAAACUGACAGCACAAACGGUCAUUGGAUGCACUGGUUUCCAUGGUGACUGCCUUACCCUUACUAAAAUUAUUGAAGCAAGAUUAAAGAUGUACAAGCAUUCCAAUAACAAGACCAUGACUACUGGGGCUAUUGCAGCAAUGCUCUCUACAAUUCUGUAUUCUCGACGUUUCUUUCCUUACUACGUUUACAACAUAAUCGGUGGACUUGAUGAAGAAGGGAAGGGAGCAGUAUAUAGCUUUGAUCCAGUAGGCUCAUACCAGAGAGAUUCUUUCAAAGCAGGUGGAUCAGCAAGUGCCAUGCUGCAGCCCUUGCUUGACAAUCAGAUUGGCUUCAAGAACAUGCAAAAUGUGGAACAUGUACCUCUGACCCUGGAAAAGGCUUUGCAGCUGGUUAAAGAUGUCUUUAUUUCUGCUGCUGAGAGAGACGUGUACACGGGGGAUGCACUUAAGAUUUGCGUUGUCACAAAAGAUGGAAUUAAGGAGGAAACUGUCCAAUUACGAAAAGACUAAUUCAGUCCAGUUAUAAACAUGUAAUCUGUGUUGUACAAUUUACCUGUAUUGAGAAGGCAUUUGUCUUAUUAAAUUUUUUCAGUAUGUUCAACUAC